AUGCUGAGGGAGGACGCAUCGAACUUACAGGCAUCGUUCUCUCCCGGGCGGUCGCCCGACAGGAAAGAGAAAAGCAGUGUUGAGACACAGGACGUGGGUCCCGUCACAGUCCCCCUGUCCAGCCUUCCACCAGAAUUCUCCUUCACUAAGUAUCUCUCACCGAACUUAGUCAACGACCGAAGUCAUCCCACGAUUGUGACAUUGAACGAAAAAACCUUGGACGCCACAUAUCUCGUCCUGCUGGCGCUCAAUGAAGAAUGCCGCGGAAUGCGGCGAGGCUGCUUCUACUACCUGCCUCUACGGCAGGAUGUCACGAGAGGCCAUCCCUGUGACAUGGUCUUUAUUGACGAGCCCUGGGGGGAGAAGAGCGUGAAGACAUGGGACGCGUCGAACUGGGAGAAGAGGCUUCACACGACUCUAUUCACCGACAACCAUGUUUUUAUUGAUGAUGGCGCAGAAGGGAAGAUAAAUUCUCACGAACACGUCAUGCCCGUUUGCUCGCGUAUUCUGAAGUUCUCCGAGCCAGCAAAGCCAUUUGGACGUCCUCAUGUCUACGCCAGCGACUCCGAUCCCGCUGUCGCCAAACAUUUGAACGUCCAUACCUGGAGUCGACCUCUGAUGGACACGUCGAGGAUUCUGAUCCUGUACAUGCAUCGUCAUGCACCGCCGUUGAUCGCCCACGUCCACGCGAUCGAGGGUACCUCACAAUGUACGACGUUCCCGACGCCAAACGACCCCUCCCUGACGGCGCUCCCGAACUGGCAACCGAACACUGUCGACGUGUUUGGCAGAAAGUCAGACUGCGACGCGCCCAGAGCUAUGUCGUCGGGUGGUGGUGGUGGUGCUCGGCAGCAGAGGAGGUUGGCGGUCAUGGUGACAAACAAGGAGGUGGUGCUUGCCCUGCUGUAUAUCUGGAACCGCGGCCGGGAUGUGCCUCCUAUCGACCAUGACAACAGCGGCGACUUGAACCUAGAGGUCUUUGACGACUGGGAGGCCGACUUUGGCCGUACCAAGGUCUUGUGGCAGGAGUUGGAAGACCGAAUCCGGAGUCACAGCCUCGGCGCGCACGAGGCUAUGUUGAAAUACUGGCCUAAGGAAUGA